GGCGUUGCCACGGAGACGGAGGAGGGCGAUUAGAACGCAAGCGCCAGUUGCUACCCUAGUCACGUGGAGGGGUUGAAGAUGGCGGCGCCCCAGGCAGUGGAGGAAAUGCGGGGCCGCGUGGUUCUCGGGGAGUUCGGGGUUCGCAAUGUUCAUACCACCGACUUUCCCGGUAACUAUUCCGGCUAUGAUGAUGCUUGGGACCAGGACCGCUUCGAGAAGAAUUUCCGCGUGGAUGUGGUACACCUGGAUGAAAACUCAUUGGAGUUUGACAUGGUGGGGAUCGAUGCAGCCAUUGCCAAUGCUUUCCGACGCAUCCUGUUGGCUGAGGUGCCAACCAUGGCUGUGGAAAAAGUCCUGGUGUACAACAACACAUCCAUUGUGCAGGAUGAGAUCCUCGCCCAUCGCUUGGGGCUCAUUCCCAUCCAUGCCGAUCCCCGUCUUUUUGAAUAUCGGAACCAAGGAGAUGAAGAAGGCACCGAGAUAGACACGCUGCAGUUUCGGCUGCAAGUCAGGUGCACUCGGAACCCCCAUGCUGCUAAAGAUUCCUCUGACCCCAAUGAACUCUAUGUGAACCACAAAGUGUACACCAGACACAUGACGUGGGUCCCCCUGGGGAACCAGGCUGACCUCUUCCCGGAGGGCACUAUCCGACCAGUGCAUGACGACAUCCUCAUUGCGCAGCUGCGGCCUGGCCAGGAGAUCGACCUACUCAUGCACUGUGUCAAGGGCAUUGGCAAAGAUCAUGCCAAAUUUUCACCUGUGGCAACAGCCAGUUACAGGCUCCUGCCGGACAUCACCUUGCUCGAGCCCGUGGAAGGGGAGGCCGCUGAGGAGCUGCGCCGGUGCUUCUCACCGGGUGUUAUUGAAGUGCAUGAAGUCCACGGUAAAAAGGUGGCCAGAGUUGCCAAUCCCCGGCUAGAUACCUUCAGCAGGGAAGUCUUCCGGAAUGAGAAGCUAAAGAAGAUUGUACGGCUUGCUCGGGUUCGAGACCAUUACAUCUUCUCUGUGGAGUCCACGGGGGUGUUGCCACCAGACGUGCUGGUGAGCGAAGCCGUCAAGGUCCUGAUGGGGAAGUGCCGGCGGUUCUUGGAUGAACUAGAUGCCGUUCAGAUGGACUGAGGCUGGCCCCGGAUUCAGGGGCAUGGCGGGGCUUGGAUGCGUCCAAGGCAAGCUGACGCCUUUGGGCUCCCACCUGCCACCACAGGACUGCUCAAGAGAGCCCUGCGGGACUAGGUGUCCUGAGUGUGUGGGACAAUUCCAGCUUUAUUUCAGUCAAUACAUUUUGUUAAAUGUGUUACAAAAUGUGACUUAUGCCUUUGUAAGGCUUUCAUGUAAAUAAAUUCACAUCCAAACAAAAAGUGUUUUGUCGGAGACCCCUUACUCAGUUUUGGUCUGCAAGUA